GGGCCAAAAUAUAAAGGAAGCGUGAUUUCCUGAGAAUUGGAAAACAAACAGAGGAAAAGGGGAAUUUGGGGCGACUUCUGCGAAGACUCUUUCAGCGAACUUUCGAUUCAACGCUCCUGUGUGCGCGGACUUUUAAGAUAAGAAAUCGAGGAGAAGCUUUGGGCAUUCCAUUCCAGAAUCUCGCAACAAAUCCCGCAAAAAUCCUAUUCUGAUUCUUUCUAAUUCUAUCCAAAGCCUCUAUCUUUUCUUUCUUUUCCUUUGUUUUUGCUCAGCUUUGAUUUGACCAUUCGAUUAGUUGUUUUGGUGGUGGGAUUUGGAAUCCUAGAUUUCAGUUAUGGGAACACCGCAAUUCCCUGAUCUUGGUAAACAUUGCACAAAGGAAGAUUGCAGGCAGAUCGAUUUCCUCCCUUUCACUUGCGACCGCUGCCGUCAGGUAUUUUGUUUGGAGCACCGAAGCUAUUCUAAACACAGUUGCCCAAAAGCUGACGGAAAGGAUGUUACUGUUGUGAUCUGUCCACUAUGUGCCAAAGGGGUUCGUUUAAAUCCUGAUGAAGACCCAAACAUAUCUUGGGAAACUCAUGUAAAUACUGAAUGUGACCCAUCAAAUUAUGAGAAAGUCACUAAGAAGAGAAAAUGCCCUGUUCGAGGUUGUCGGGAGGUCCUUACAUUCUCAAACACCAUCAAAUGCAGGGAUUGCACCAUAGACCAUUGCUUGAAGCACCGGUUUGGACCUGACCAUGAUUGUCCGGGACCCAAGAAAAUUGAGGCGGGUUUUCAAUUUCUGAGUCUUCUAAAUAGGAGUAGGAAGGAUGAAUCAAAGCCCAACCGAACUCCAGCUGCAGCUUCAACCAAGUGGGCCUCAGCCUUCCGUAAUGCAGCUUCAACUGUUCGGGCCUCAGCUGAAGCGGGUGUGGCAAAGUUGAGUACUGAGAUCAGCCAAGCUUGGCAGACUGCAAAGAAUACUGCAGGCCCAAGCAGCAGUAGUGGGGGGGAUGCAAUUGGGCUGGAGGAGGAAUGCCCACAAUGUGGUGCAAGGUUUUCCUCAGUUACAGUUCUGGUGGAGCAUGUGCAGAAGGUGCAUGAAAGGGGUGGGAACCAAUCGCGUGUCCUGAAGUUGCCUGUAGAUGUAUGCCCCAAAUGUAGUAAAGGCUUUCGUGAUCCUGUGGCACUUGUAGAGCAUGUUGAGAGGGAUCAUGGAGGUACUUCAAAAGCUUAGAAAGUUUUGGCCAUCAAAGCAGCAAAUUCACUUCCAGAUGGCUUAUUAUUGUAUUUCAAAUUUUCAAUUAUGGCUUGCUUUCAUUUAUUUGAGGCUGCAGAAGUGCAAACAACUUUCGAGCAUUGAAUUAAUAUGCAGUGCUUUGAACUGAAACUUUCAAUUCAAAAUGUCUAUAUAAAUUGCUUACAGUCAAACGAAUUCUUUUUUUAUUUUUUCA